CCCGCGGCUCUGGGGCGGUGCCCCCGCCCAGGAGCAGAGCUGUCGCUGCGGUCGCCGAGGACGGAGGACGGAGCCCAGGCCCGCGCGGCCCGGGGAGAAGCCGGGGGUCUCAUCCCGUCGGGAAUGAAGGGAAGUGCGGUGGCCGUUUGCUCGCCCGGACCGCCAGGAGGACCGCAGAUGGUCCGUGAACAGUACACUACAGCCACAGAAGGCACCCACGUGCAGAGGCCAGAGAACCCGUGUGUCUACAAAAUUGGCAUUUAUGGCUGGAGAAAACGCUGCCUCUACUUAUUUGUUCUCCUUUUACUCAUCAUCCUCCUUGUGAAUUUUGCUCUCACGAUUUGGAUUCUUAAAGUGAUGUGGUUUUCCCCAACAGGAAUGGGUCACUUGCGUGUUACAAAGGAUGGUCUUCGCCUGGAAGGGGAGUCAGAAUUUUUAUUCCCAUUGUACGCCAAGGAAAUACACUCCAGAGUGGAUUCAUCUCUGCUUCUGCAGUCAACUCAGAAUGUGACCGUCAACGCACGCAACUCUGAAGGGGAGGUCACAGGCAGGUUAAAAGUGGGUCCCAAAAUGGUAGAGGUCCAGAGUCAACACUUCCAGAUCAACUCCAAGGAUGGCAAGCCACUCUUUACUGUCGAUGAAAAGGAAGUUGUGGUUGGUACAGAUAAACUUCGAGUAACAGGGCCUGAAGGCGCCCUUUUUGAACAUUCAGUGGAGACCCCACUCGUCAGAGCCGACCCAUUUCAGGACCUGAGAUUAGAGUCUCCCACACGGAGUCUAAGCAUGGAUGCCCCAAAGGGUGUUCAUAUUAAAGCUCAUGCUGGGAAAAUCGAGGCCCUUUCUCAAAUGGAUAUCGUUUUCCAAAGUAGUGAUGGAAUGCUCGUGCUUGACGCUGAAACCGUGUGUUUACCCAAGUUGGUUCAGGGGACUCAGGGCUCUGCCGGCAGCUCACAAGAACUCUAUGAAAUCUGUGUGUGUCCAGAUGGGAAGCUUUACCUGUCCGUGGCUGGCGCGGGUACGACGUGCCACGAAAGCAGUCACGUCUGCCUCUAA